AUGAUAAGGGUAGGAAUCAUUCAACAUCUAAGGCUACAUACCAAUUAUUUGAAUCGAAGUAUCAUCUCAAAGGCACAGCAAAAAGCAGCAUUCCAUGCCGUUCCACAAUUGUACUUCCACGAAACUCUCCUGAGCUUCAAUGAGAAGAAAAAGAUAAGCAAUCCCAACUUAGAGAAACUAAAUGAAUGUUUUAGUACACAUGAUCACAUCCACAUGCGUGAAUCAGAAACAGAAACCAACGAUUCAUUUAAACUGGGCACUCCACCUCAUAAGCACACUCAUAAAUCAGGCCACACACAUUCACACGAGGCAAACCCAUUAUUAAAACUAGACGUAAAGGAAAUCAAAUACAACCCGGGAGUAAGAAUAACGUGGAUAGGUCUUGCAUCUAAUGUUGCAAUGGCAGUAGGUAAAUUCGUCGGAGGUAUAGUAUUCCAUUCGCAGGCAUUAUUUGCAGAUUCCAUUCAUGCUUUAAGUGAUUUAGUUUCUGAUUUCUUAACGUUAUUCUCCGUCAAGUUAGCCACUACAAGUAAACCUAAUAGGAAUUAUCCUUAUGGGUAUGGGAAAGUGGAAACUGUAGGGUCAUUAGCUGUUUCUACAAUCUUAGCAAUGGCUGGUGUUUCCAUCGGAUGGACCUCGUUAUGUUCCAUUGUCGGACCCAUUGUACCUCAUGUGAUUACAGAAACGAUUACUGGAUACUUGGGAAUGUCAAGUCAUGGUCAUUCUCACUCGAUAGUUCCUGAAGGUGUUACUAAUAUUAAUGCAGCUUGGAUUGCUGGUGGGUCUAUUGUAGUGAAAGAAUGGAUUUUCCAAGCUACGAAGAAAAUUGCUGUUCAAACUAAUUCGAACGUGUUGAUGGCAAAUGCAUGGCAUCACAGAAUCGACUCAUUAACAUCAUUGGUUGCAUUGGUUGCAAUUACAGGAAGUUAUUUCCUUAAUAUUCAAUCUUUGGAUGCUAUCGGCGGUCUUGCUGUAUCAACUUUAGUCGUUAAGGCUGGAGGUCAAGGAAUGUAUGGUGCCAUGAAGGAGUUGAUCGAUCAAUCUCUUUCUGUGGAAGAUUCACGUUAUAUAAAAGUUCAAUCUAGCAUAGAGGAAAGUUUAGCUAAACUUGUGUCCAAUAAUAAUAGUGAUAAACCAUACAAAAUAAGAGAGUUGACUGUUCUGUCAUCGGGACGUAAUUUGAGAGCAUCUGUAAUAUUAGAAGUUCCUUUACAAAAAUGGGACAAUGUGUUGGGUAUUCAUGAAUUUGAAAACGUUUCCAAUCAUUUACGUAAUGCGUUGUUUAAGGAAGUAGAAAAUUUGGGGAAAUUGGAUAUAGAAUUUGUUGAAGAGAAAUCAAGUACUAUGGACGGGCAAGAUACAAUGAUGAUUACAGAUGAUGCUACAUCAGAUAUACCUGAACGUCAUUCACACAUUCAUUCUCAUUCUGAAUUGGAAGACUCACAUCCACAAAAACACUAA